CUCCCUUUCAACACUCAACUAAACCGGUCCUGCAGUUUAACAGCACUCCAUUUCUUAUCCAAUCUAAUCAUGUUUCUCACGCAAAGACAGCGGUAGAGUGUAUAAAAGUCACAAUGCACUGACCAAGCAUCCAGACCUUUUCAAGCAGACACACAACAUGGCUCAGAAGACAGUGUUGAUUGUGUACGCCCACCAGAGCUUGGGUUCAUUCAACGCUGCUGUACGGGACGUGGCCGCUCAGGAGCUGUCAGAUCAGGGUUACCGGGUCAUCGUGUCAGACCUUUAUGCCAUGAACUUCAAGGCCAACUCCACGCAGGAAGACAUAAUUGGUGAUCUGAAGAAUCCAAAGCUGUUUCAGUAUGGAGAAGAGACAAUGCAUGCCUGGAAGAACCGUCGCCUGAGUGAGGACAUCAUGGCUGAACAACACAAAGUAGAAGCGGCAGAACUCAUCAUCUUCCAGUUCCCUUUGUACUGGUUCAGUGUUCCUGCCAUCAUGAAGGGCUGGAUGGACCGAGUGCUGACUCAGGGAUUUGCUUUCUCCAUGGAAAAGAUGUACAAUCACGGAAUUUUUAAGGACAAAAAAGCAAUGUUAUCUUUUACAACUGGAGCAACAGAAUCAAUGUUUUGCCCUGAUGGCAUCAAUGGAGACAUUAACGUCACACUGUGGCCUCUACAGAAUGGCACUCUGCACUUCUGUGGCUUUCAGGUUCUUGCACCACAAAUUUUCUGGAGUCCAGCUUACUGCCUCCGUGAAGCCAGAACUGCAAUGCUAGAAGGCUGGCGAGGUCGACUCAAGGGCCUGCUUGAGGAAAAGCCCCUGACUUUUGCACCGUGUGAAUUUUUUAACCUCAGCCCCAAAAAGGGGUUUUUGCUCCUGCCCAAAGUAAAGGAGGCGCAUGAAUCAAACACCUAUGGGAUCACUGUAGGACACCAUCUUGGCAAACCACUUCCACCCGACAACCAGACCAAAGCACAGUUGUCAGACGAAUACACAAACUAAACAUGUGUUCAGAGGUGACCUGCAGCACAUUCUAAGACAGGGGUCACCAACCUUUUUGAAACUAAGAGCCACUUGUUGGGUACUGAUUAAUGCGACCAACCAAUUUGAUACACACUUAGAUAAAUUGCCAGAAAUAGCCAAUUUGCUCAAUUUACCUUUAAUAAAUAAAUCUAUAUACAUAAAAAAAUGGGUAUUUCUGUCUGUCGUACAUUUUUUUUUCCUUAUACGGAAGGUUUUUUGAAGAGGAUAAAUGAUGAAAAAACACUUGAUUGAACGGUUUAAAAGAGGAGAAAACAUGAAAAAAAUGAAAAUUACAUUUUGAAACAUAGUUUAUCUUCAAUUUCGACUCUUUAAAAUUCAAAAUUCAACCCAAAAAUAUGAAGAGAAAAACUAGCUAAUUCAAAUAUUUUGGAAAAAAAUUAAAAAAGAAUUUAUGGAACAUCAUUGGUAAUUUUUCCUGAUUAAGAUUAAUUUUAGAAUUUUGAUGACCUGUUUUAUAUAGGUUAAAAUCCAAUCUGCACUUUGUUAGAAUAUAUAACAAAUUGGACCAAGCUAUAUUUCUAACAAAGACAAAUCAUUAUUUCUUCUAGAUUUUCCAGAACGAAAAUCUUAAAAGAAAUUCAAAAGACUUCGAAAUAACAUUUAAAUUUGAUUCUACAGAUUUUCUACAUUUGCUAGAAUAAUUUUUUUGAAUUUUAAUCAUAAUAAGUUUGAAGAAAUAUUUCACAAAUAUUCUUUGUCCAAAAAACAGAAGCUAAAAUGAAGAAAUAAUUUAAAAUGUAUUUAUUACUCUUUACAAUAAAAAUUAUUUUUUACUUGAACAUUGAUUUAAAUGGUCAGGAAAGAAGAGGAAGGAAUUUAAAAGGUAAAAAGGUAUAUGUGUUUAAAAAUCCUAAAAUCAUUUUUAAGGUUGUAUUUUUUCCUCUAAAAUUGUCUUUCUGAAAGUUAUAAGAAGCAAAGUAAAAAAAAAAAAAUGAAUUUAUUUAAACAAGUGAAGACCAGGUCUUUAAAAUUUUUUCUCGGAUUUUCAAAUUCUAUUUGAGUUUUGUCUCUCUUAGAAUUAAAAAUGUCGAGCAAAGCGAGACCACAGCUUGCCAGUAAAUAAAUAAAAUUUAAAAAAUAGACGCAGUGCUGCCCGUAAGUGCUGCUAUUUGAGCUAUUUUUAGCACAGGCCAGCGGGCUACUCAUCUGGUCCUUACGGGCUACCUGGUGCCCGUGGGCACCGCGUUGGUGACCCCUGUUCUAAGAAUUAAUAAGAGUCAAGAAUCUUCUUGUCUUAUAGUUUCCUCUCUGUGGUGGGAUCACGAUAUAGAAUAACGAGACAGAGAUAUAGAGUACAUUCCAACUAGUAGUUUACUUCCUGAAACAGGUGCCUCGUUCAAACAGGUUAACUUAGUUCUGCUUGCAGAACAAUAGCGUGCUUUCUAGUUCCCACUAGGAAGUCGUCGUUCCGGGCAGCUGUGUCACCCACGUAUGCUGUCAUAACUUCUUGACUUUUUUUGUUUUUUGGCUAACUAACACAAUUACAGCACACCAGUCUCUGUGCUUUUGUUUCUAUUUGCACAAUAAGUCACUAUGGGGCCUACAAAGAAAUACAGAAGAUGAGAAACACCAGGGAAUUUGAGAAAUAAGAUUUCGUAAAAUGUGAAAUUGGCUUCCGUGUGACUGCCCCCCGCCCCUCCUUUACCCCCACUCAUCGCUGUGUUUUCCAACAAGAGUCUUCAAUAAAGUUAAAAGUGAUGUUAAAUUUAAA